AUGCCGACUAAGAAACUCAGUCAAAUGACAGUGGAGGACAUUUGCCUUCUGAUACGCAAUAUUUCUGAUUUGUCGGUAAAUCAACGAGGCCAAAAAAGGACAGAUCGAGGACUGACUAAAUCAAAAUCUACUCGGGAGUCCAGCAAACCGGGUGGCUUGAUCAGCUCUGACGAAUCAGACAGUCCAAUUAACGAUCCCGUUCCCCCAGCUCCUAUAAACGAGAGGAGGAAACUCGCCAACACAUCAAAUCCCUACGAGGACCGCAUCAAACAGUUGAAUGUCACCGGUACGGUUCUUUCUAUUUGCCCCCUGAGUGACUUGCAGAAAGAACUGAAUAUGUCAUUCGGUGAUUGGCAACUGUUCUCAUCGGUAGUGAACUAUCUCAAAAAUAAAGAACUGGGACAACUCACCCCUAAAUCUGCGGGACCGUCACAUACAUGCGGAUCUCGACAAAGUGAUCAGUUUCGACGUUCUGAUCCACGUCUUUCGCGAGGGGCAAGUGAACAAUCAGGAAAGUGGCCACACGAGUCACAUUUGAUAAGCACCGUAAGUGACACUUCUUUAGCCUUGACGGUAAAAAGCGUUCCAUUGACGCAACCGGGUAGAUCACCUCCGCAGCUUCGUUCCAUCUCUGGGGUGAAAAAUACCAAAUCCAUGAGCGCUCUGCCAUCUGUUUCGCGGACAGGAACGGGACUCACUUAUGGGCAAACAACUCAAAGACAACAGUCAGCGUUAUGCCCGCAACAUAGCCGAAUGGCACAAAAUAUGGCAGCCAGUAACCCAACAGCGUUAUUAUGUCCACGACAUAAGGAACAAGUUAAAUCAUUUCUCAGUGGCUCACAAAGAGAACUGGAAAAUGCCAUAGAUUUAACAAAACGUUCACAAUCCGACUUGAGAUCACGAGAUUCGUGGGAUGCAUUGGUGACACAGGGACAGCCAAAACGACAGAUGUAUGGAGCGCAGACAAAGCCCAGUGCCUCCGGUUAUCCUGUCGGGUUGCAGAGAAGUCCUCCAACCGGAGCUUCACUUACACCAAGGCAGCAGUUGAAACAAGCUCAAUUUCUAGACGAGAGAUCAAGUACAUUGCCUAAUUCUUUUAGAGAAAAUCUACCUCCAGCUUCAGCCAACUUUGUACAUGCACAAUAUUGUGCAAUGCAUCAGAAAGGGAAAUCCCCAAACUGGCCACUCUCCUCUCAGCCCACCUGGACAACGCCAGGUAACCCCAGAGAUAAUGCGGUUGCUUCGAAUCACACAACAGCUGAAAGUUCUAUUCCGUUGCACCGAACAAGUGGAGAAUCCAUCCCGAGCAACCGUGAAGCCAAUCGUUUACAUACUCACCGGUCCCUUAAGCUGCAUUCAGCAUCAGCUGCCAAAGAGCAUCAAGUGUUUGACUUCAGUACGCCUGCUCGAGAACACCUGUCGCAUUUGGAUCAAAUGCCGUCCAGUUCCGGACAAGUAGCGCGGGCUGAGUUUUGUCUUCCGAAAGAUUCUGAAUCUACGUCAAUUGCUGGUGAGCUUGUGGAAGAAGUAGCAGAGUUCAGUCCAGCGUUAUUAGAACAGGAUAGUUCCGUUUCCCAUGAUCAUGUCGGCAGAGGUGAAGAGAAAGUUGAAAGUUCGGAUCACCAGUCAUCUCACUCAUGCGAUUGCAACUACUGGUACUCUCUAGAAGCAGCUGCAGCGGCUGCCGCCGUAGGAGUCACUGCUGGAGCAACUGGGUCUAUGAAACGCUUACGGGAUUCCCGGCUGACACCAAGUGGCAUUGGUUACCCUGGACUUGAUCCCGAUCCAGAUCAAUCUAUUUCUGACAGUUUGAGCACCACGAGGAGUCAGCUGGAUGUAAGCUCUGGAACGAGUUCAGAUCGAAGUUCAACGGAUGCCAGUUCAAAUGACGAACCGGAUAAAUUGGGCUAA